CCAAACUACGAUCAAGUAUAAUAGUAGAAUAGAAAUGCAGAAUAGUGGGUAAGUUUACUUAUCAACCUCGGGCCUAGAUGUACUGCCUACUUCAUGAUUGUCUAUUAUCUAUCAGGGAAAGUUGAAUGAAGUGAUCAAAGCAUAUUAAUCAGAAAGUAGUAAAUGUUUUGGUUUUCAAGUUCGAGAAGGAACCACUCACGUAAUGAUUCCCCCUAGUCUGCAAUUAAGUUGAGUUGUAAUUCACCCAGUCCAAUUCAAUCCAGAUUUAUGUUGCGAAAGAUUCGGAUCUAGCUUGGAAUAUCUUAAAAUGAUCAAACCCUCUCAUACACGUUACCCGGCAAACGACUAACCUUCACCGAGAUAAAGUGCUAAUGUAAUAAAAACAAAUAUCCUCUACUGGAAUGAAUCUCAGUACAGAGCAAUGAAUCGAUUGACUCUCGCACAAUCGAUUCACUACUUCCAAAUCAAGAUGCUUUAUUGACUUAUUUAGAUUCUAUCGUUCUAGGACAAAGCAGGAAACAUACAAGUGUGAUCAAGACUCAUGGAUUUCCGAAUAUAACUUCAAUUUGGAUAUAUAAUCAUCAAUGUGCUGAAAAAUGGUCAUACCACUACUCCUAAUAUGCAAAACUAGGGUUCUUCAUACCUGGUAGAUGAAAUUACUCCAGAGAGAGAGAAAAGUCAUGUCGGAUGUAAAAAUCAUCGUGUAGACGGAAGAAAUCUGCUCCGGGUCAUCAAUCGUCACUCCUCGAGGCUUGAAACGAACUCCAAUGAUGGGAAAAACUUGAUAUAGGGCACUCAAGGGUCUUUGUUUGUCACUUUCUCUCUCUGAACCUUUGUUCUCUGGUCCAAAACUCCAAUGAAUCGUCAAAACCCACGUUUGGCUCUAAACAUCCCGAGCCUCGAAACCCCGAGCUGAUUACCCGGUCGAGUAAUUUGAUGCCCAGGUCGGGUUUCUUCCAAAAUGGCAACGCAACCACUUAAGUCCCGCAUCCAAUUCCCCCGCCUCAGGUUCGAAUCCCCGAUCGGGAAUCAAGGGGUCAUGACUGGGGGAAAUCCAUGGACGAGUUCCCCAAUUUGUAAUGGCAUUUCCUCGGUCGGGUAAUUAAUGGUCACGCCGGGUAUUUUGGUCCUCGAACUCCUCCUUUCGUCCACUUGGUGCUUUUGACCCGAAACUCGCUCACAAGCCUACAUAUGUGAUCUAAGACCUGAAAUACAUCAUGCACGGACAACUUAGCGUGAAUUUGGCUAAAAACAUGAGAAUUUAGUCUCAAACAAUGUAAGAAUGGUGGGAAAAUAAAAUAUGCAAAUACUGAGUUAUCAGAUACACCAUUAUGAUACAUGUUUUCCAUAUAGUAACUACCGUAUUUUUGGGUCUCACCCAUUAUUGAACUGCCUUCUAUGGUCAACUAAGAUGGGGAGUGUUAUUUUCUGCCCAUUCUCGAGGGACAAUCGGUUUCCUGACCGUGAAGUAUGUUGGCAACAAAGAACCAUGCAAUACUUGCAACAAAAAGAUUGAACUUCAAUUACAAUAGACAAAAAAUGGCAAAAUAAGAUGAGGAACCUUUGGUGACUACGGAGCGAAAACCUAAUGUAAAAUCAAAGAAAAUAUCACUAUAUAUCCAUUUCACAUAGAUGGAUGAUCGAAACAGAGUGUGAUUUGGAGACCUAUUAUAUUAUGAUGGACACUUAUUGUUAUGAGACAAUUCAAGUACGAUACAUAAGAGAAAAUACCCUUAUAUUUUAGUGUCUACUUAGGUCAUUAGUAUGAGGCAUUUUAGGCAGGAAACUCAAACGUAAAUCGUAUGGGUGUACAAUAUCGUACUAAUUAAGCUAUUUGGUUUGGGAAGUGGUAUAAGAGCAUCGUUUGGUUUCAAUUUGGGUCGAUGGCAUAAGUUUAGUGGAUCCUCAUUCAAUGACAUCGGAAUUUGAGAUAUGCGUAUGUUUGGUGAAUUCGAUGAGAUCCACAUGUGUUUUGUAGAUUAAAGGUGAACUACAUUUGGUCUGGUGGAUCAAGAUAAUCGUUGAGGGAUCACGAUGUUCUUGGUUUUUGUCUUUAGGAGAGUAUUGUUAUGGGCCAAUCCAAGUACUACAUAAAAAAUACAAGGGAGAUGACCAUUGUAUACUAGUGUCUACAAAGUCCAGUUAGUAUGAGGCCUAUUGGGGAGGAUAUCCAAAAGUAAAUCCGUAUGGGUUUGGCUCAAAGUAGACAAUAUCAUGAGCUAGCCAGUUUCAACGCUUGUUAUUAUUUGCAUAGGGAAAUCUCCAUAAGAGAUACAUAAGUUGAAGGACAGAACUUUAUGGAGGUAUGGAUUAGGGUUUUGGAUAUCCAAACAUCUUAUCGAAAUGAAGGAAUGACAGAGAAAGUGACAUGCAGGGUUGGGGGAUUCCUGUUAUUUGGUGAGCGGAACUUUGACAUAUGGAGUACAUUCAUGCACAUAAAUGGUAACCAAGGAUAUUAAUGGACAUUUUUGUAAGGGAUUCAAAUUAGGGGUGGUUUGGAAGUUUAUAUUGUUUUGGUGAGAUUGUUACUAUAGAUGUAUUGUAUAGAAUGCACCAUUUUUUUAAAAUGUUCAACAGAAAUAAGAUAUAGAUUGUUUUUAUGAUGUGACAUAAACUAUCACUCAAAAUCAGUGAUUGCUAUAUCUCAUAUUUUAAUUGUGAUUGCUGAGAUGGUUGAACUGAGAUUGUUUUGUCUCGGCUUUUAGCUAAUGUGACAUACACAAUCACACAUACCAAACAUUGUAUUUGGCAAUGCACAACUUUGACCAGACAUGUAUAAAAUUAUACAUGCAUUCACAAUCAUACAUGUAAUAAACUAUCGUAGCUUCCAAACGAUCCUUAAAGUAUGCAGGGAAAAUCAAAGAGUUUGAAGCGACAUAUGAAGAACUACUAGACUACCAACUUCCUGCUUUUAUUGGGGUUGAUAAGACAUUUGAAAAUAUAUUGUGUAAUACAUAACCCAAACAAAGAAGAUGCACAUGUCAAUUAGAUUAAGGUAUGAGCAUUGCCAAAGGGUCCCAAAAUGCCACGAAAAGAAAGGGAACAUGAUUAUAGUGUAUCAAUGAUAUUGUGCAAUGAAUAUGAACAAACAUUUUUUUUUUUAAACAUGAACAAACUUUGGCAGGCCUACAACAAUUAACAGUGGCAAUGGCUAACAAUUGAAUAUGUUCUUAGUAUCUUUAGUGGGACAUACUAUGACCGAAAAUUAUAACAUAUGAGAACUUGAGAGAAAAAAAGAGGAUUCAAAUGGAAUAAGCAUACGAAAGAGAAGGUUCGUUUGAAAAAUAUAUGGGAUGGUAGACUUGCAAUAACAUAUGGAACCUUCCCCGAUUGGAGCAACAUGAUUAUGUUAGUCGAGCUCCCGAACACAAUAUCAUAGAGUCACUCGAGGCCAUGUGGAGUCCAUCGUUCAAAUAGGCAUUGAUGACAGGGGAAUUAUGGAUAAAAUAAGGUAGGUUCAUGGAACAGGAAACAAUAGACCCAAAAGAGACCAAAAGGCUCACUCAUGAGCCAAAUUAGGGGGGGGGGGGGGGGGGGGGGGGGGGGGGUUUCCAAAUUUAAUACAAGUUCAUGGUAGAUAAGAAUGGAGUGAUGAAAGUUGAUAUUAAAAAACAAAAAUACAUAUGAGGGAUGGCAGUAUGACAGACUCUGCAUGCCAACAUGGUCGCCGAGCCCGCUGAGUGUGUUAAACUAUAAAAUUCUAGGUAGGGGACACCAUGAUAGCUAAUCGAGUAGAGAGUUGCUCAAACGAAAGGGCCCAAAUAUUGCAAUCUUAGGAUAAUGAGAACGAACUUCAAUCCAGUUAGCAAGCCUUGUUCAACCCUUUUUUGAACAAGGAAAGAUAGAUAGAUUGUAAGGAGGACAAAUAGAAUUGGGGGAUAAUGGAUCCCCUUGACGAAUUCCCUCCCUUAGUUUGAAUGGUUCGGUUGCUUGUCUAUCGAAUAGAAUUGAGAACUUGACUUCGCUUGUGCAAUUCUUGGAUCCAUGCUCUCUAUUUAUUGUUGAAACCCAUAGCCUCGAGAUUGUCACUUAAAUAACCACUCAACUAGGUUGUAAGCUUUCUUCAAAUCAAGUUUCAACAUCAUAUCCCAUGCUCCUCCUCUCAUUUAUUGGAAUAGUGGGUGACCUCAUGCACAAUGAUGACAUUAUAUUGAAUCGCCCGCUCUCUGCUAAAAGCUAUUUGCAUAUGAUUUACCAAUUAUGAGAUCCACUUUUUUUCAUUUUGAUCAUGAUUUUUAAUAUGAUUUUGUAGUUGAAAUUACAACAACUAAUGGAUCUACAUUGAGUUGUGUUCUAAAUUUUUUUUUUUAACUUGGGCGUGAUAAUAAGAUGAGUAUCAUUACAUCCUUCAGGCGUAGUGGUGGUUUAAAAAAUUUACUUUACUUCCCAAUAAAUUUGAGUGGCUACAAUAUGGUUCAAAUUUGUUGAAUUCUACGACUCGUACUUCUCAAGUUAGUCUUGUUCCAAACGUUAAGCAAUUUUUUUUGUACUUCAAAAGACGGGUUUCGUUUACCCUCCUCUAUCCCAUUCAUUUUUUUAUAUCUUAUUCCCAAUGAUUUCAUUCGAUCCAUCUGGCAUCUAAUCUAAAUGAGAUUCUUAUCCGAGUUUCAAUACCGUACAUUUCAAACUAAUAGGGCAAUGAUCAUAUUCUUCAUUGCUUCAUGGAUAAUGAUGACAUUAUCAAAAUGGUUGUCACGUCGGCCGGCGUGCCACAGGUUGUACUUGGUUCAACCAGCAUCGUUCAUAAAACCUGCGUGACACCACUGGUAUGACCGGCAUGAUCAAUAUACGAAUCUCUAAGUAAAUUGACCUUAUUUUAGUGAAUUUAAUUGAUACAAAUUAUUUUAUUAUUUAUUUUAUGAGUAUAAAAGUUAAAUAUUGAUGUUAUUUGUUGGAUUCAAGUAUAAAUGUUUAGGUAUUGACGUUAAAUGUCAUGUUUAAAUAUGAAUAUUUGUAAUUUUAUUUGUAAUAUUGACCGGCAUGAACCGACACAAACCGGUAUGUGCCACCGAUCGAACCAUUCCACUUGCUAAACCGGCACACUGGCAUAUACCGGUUUUGACAACCUUAUUCAAAAUAUUUUCCUCUACUGUUGAUUAGUUUGGUGGUUCUCUAUAGUUCUGAAUUAUUUCAGAAUUGGACUACAAUUCAAUUGUUGAUAUUUUAAUGGUCUCUAUAAUUUGGUCGUUAGAAAGUUCCAUGGGCUUGGUGAUCCUACCAUAUAACCCUAACACUAGAGUAACAUAGCCCAUUAGCAAUUGCAAAUAUUGUUUAUUUUUCAUACCUUACUUACAUUUAUGCAUUUGGAGUUUUGGACUAAUUCACAAGCAACGUGAUAAAAUAUCAGAAGAGUAGAAUUUUCGGCCCGAAAGGCCAAAACCAGCAGCGAGGAUUUAUCUGUACUGCGGGAAACGAAAAUUUUCAAAAAUUCACACAAGAAAGAGUUAAAUUUUCGCCAAAACCAGCGAAGAGGGAAAAACAUGUUAAAAAUUCAAACUCGCUCCCCAUUGGCCCAUUUCGAAUGACGCGGAUCGAGCAACAAACAGACUCCACCCGUAGAUGGAAACCUAAUCCAACGGUCCUCGUCCCCUUCCAUUUCUCACGCUGCUGCCUCCUGCAUCGCCCGAAUGCCUGGCUAUAAAAACGGAUCGCGCCGGGAACCGACCUCAUCCACCCUUCAUUCUCUCAGCUCUCUCUAUUCUAGCUCUUGCACUUGAAAUUCGUUUGCGAAUCGGCGCUCAGUUUCGGUCUUUGUCAAACUCAUUCGCUGGAGAUGGAUACCGGAGCUAAGGUGAAGAAGGGAGCCGGUGGCAGGAAGGGCGGUGGCCCGAAGAAGAAGCCAGUCUCCAGGUCGGUCAAAGCUGGUCUUCAGUUCCCCGUCGGAAGAAUCGGAAGGUACCUGAAGAAGGGGCGGUACUCUCAGAGGGUCGGCACCGGAGCUCCCGUCUACAUGGCCGCUGUCCUCGAGUAUCUGGCUGCUGAAGUUCUUGAGUUGGCUGGGAAUGCUGCCCGUGACAACAAGAAGAACAGGAUUAUCCCUCGCCAUGUGUUGCUGGCCAUCAGGAACGACGAGGAGCUCGGAAAGCUGCUUGCCGGAGUGACCAUUGCCCACGGUGGUGUUCUCCCCAACAUCAACCCAGUGCUGUUGCCGAAGAAGGCCGAGAGAGCCGCCAAGGAGCCCAAGGAGACCAAGUCGCCAUCCAAGGCUGGCAAGUCCCCGAAGAAAGCUUAGUUGAGUGGGUUACACAGAGUGUCUGAUUUAGGGGUGUUAUCUUCUCUUUUGUUCAGCAAUCUAUGUUCUAGAUGUACCU